CACACACCGCGGAUUAAAACACUUUAGCAGCUCUGCAUCAUCAUCUGACAGUGUCCUUUAAAAAUGUACUGUUUACUCUAAGUCUAAUUCAUUGGUUAAACAAUCAGGGGAAAUGGACAAGAUUGAUCAAUGCUAGUUUGUGAUUCCGAACACAGCAGAGGUGUGACCCCGGACGGGUGCCUGAGGAGUGUGGUGCAGUUUGGGGAUCAAUUCUUGCUGCACGAUGGUGAUGAAACAGUGUCCAGAUUGUGACCAACAGGUACCAGUGGCGUGUAAGGCUUGUUAUUGUGGCUAUGAGUUCUUCCAGAGAAGGGUCUACCAAGCCAAACCAGACCCACCAUCAUCAGAAAUAAACAAGAACAGAAGGACAGGUAGAGUGAAGAGGGAGAGGCCAGAUUAUUACAGCGCCAGUGAGUUUGAAACUCAGCUACGUCGGUUGUCCAAUAAGGCUGAACGAUGUGGGAGCACUAGCUCCGUCCCUAAAAGUCCCAAGAAGAGACACAGAGGACGUCCAAGAAAGAAAGGAACACUGAAUAAAAGCUCCAAGACAAAGGUCAAAGGGGAGAGUUCAAAUGCAGAUGCCAAGGACCACAAAGAGGAGGACAUGUACUCCAACCUGUCCACGGAGAACUCCUUUAAUUACUGCGUCGUCUUAAGUGAGAUCAACCGUAAGCUUCAGAGUCAAUGGAAUGGACCAGCAGACACCAAGAACGCCAUGGUGGAAGAUACACAGUAUGUCUUCAGGGAAGGUGACACAUAGAUAAAUAUAUCGGAGAGUGGAUGUUACGUUAUUUUUGCUUGUUGAGAGACUUAAAAGACUGUGUGAUAGCAGUCAGUGACAGAUUGCAAAAUCUACAAAAGUUGAAGUGAGAAAGUUACAUUUGUGUUUAAUAAAGGAACAUCUUGUCCAAAUCAAAUAGGCAGAAUUUGUCGGUAAGGAGAGCCAUGAAAGUGGGCCCUGGGCUGGAAGAGAUCAUAUUAAAAGCGCAGAAUUCAGGCUAUGAAACCUUUUUCAGGGCAUUUAGAUUAGAAGGUAUACAUAUACAGUGUAGAAAUCUGCAGCCAACCAUGCCAGAAUCUCCACGGCAAACACCUCAUCUUAACAAAGUGUACCAGGUUCUUUUACAUACAGAGCAGAAGAGUGUUGGCUGAAUCCCAGUAAUGACACUUAUGCACUUAACCAUAUUUGCUUUGCAAAAAGUUGGGAAAGAUUGCUUUCUGCUCUGACAGCCAGGCUCCUAGUUGAUGAUACCCAUGCCUACAUCCAUUCAGACUGUGAAGGGGGUAACCGUGUUUCAGCCCCAUGAGUAGGUGGCAGCUUGCCCCUGGUGACAGUUGAUUUGGGUCUAUACUCAAGUGUACAGCAUCAGUUGUUAAGUGUAGACCACACCCUUAAAGUAGCCUUGUUUGUCAGGCAAUAACUCAUAAAUGUAAUCCUGGCCGGCACGGUUGGCUGGUGCGUAAAGCGCUCGCCUCUCACCAAGGUGACCCCGGUUCGAUCCCCGGCCAGGGCCAUAUGUGAGUUGAGUUGUGCGUUGGUUCUCUGCUGUGCCACGAGGGUUUUCCAGACUGUCCAGAUUUCCUCCCUCAGGAAAACAUCAAAUACUUUCGAUCUUGAUCGUGCUCCGUGGUCAUAAUGGGUUGAUGUGGCUGGCAUCUGAAUGGGCUCUUGCAUGCCUGCUUCUCAAACACGUUU